AUGGCUGAGGCAGCAGCGAGAUCCGCCGCUAGGACGGUCGGCGAGCGCAGAUCACCGAUGAACGUCGCCACUUUGCCUCGAGCUCCUCCGCCCACGGUCGUCGAUCUAGAGACGCCGAUUGAUGAUGGGACAUGUGCUAGGUAUUGGUUUGAGGAAGAAUAUGUGGUGUUCCUUCUUGAUAAUGGUUAUCUACCAUCAGCUGCUUCUACCAUUGCACCAGCUUCGACAACUGAAGUUCCUGAGCUUGUUGGAAAAAUUGAUAGCUUAGAGCAGAGUCUGAACAAGGUGAAGGAAAUGGUUGGCAAGAACAGGGAAGGCAUGGGAAGCUGCAUUUGUCUUGUCUGUGGUUGUCUGAAUGUAACAUUCCUGGUGCUGGCCAUUCUUUUGGUUGUAAUUGUAAUGUUGAAGUAG